UUUGCCCGGUUUGAUAAUUGUACUUGUGAAUGUGACUGAGAUAAUGCCAAACAAGGAGUGUCAUGGAUAAUUAGUUGCUUUUUUUUUACGGAAAAGCGUGCGAUCGUGUAUUUUCAAGCGUACAAUAUUCCAUUGCAUCAAACAUGUCACGAGAGAGUAAAAGAAUUCUAAAACAAUUUCACAACUGUCGCAUUCUACGUAAUGGCAAAAUCUUGAUCGAAGAUUUAUGGGUUCGUGACGGAAAAAUCGUAGACCCUGAACAAAUUUUUUAUGACGAAAAAUCUAAACCAGAUAUUAGGAUUGACUGCGGAGGACUGUUGCUCUCACCUGGAUAUAUCGAUCUUCAAAUUAAUGGUGGCUUUGGUAUAGAUUUUACACAUAAUGUUGAUAAUGUACAAGAAGGUAUUAAUAAAGUAGCAAAAAAAUUAUUGGAGUUUGGUGUAACAUCAUUUUGCCCAACUUUAGUAACAUCGCCUAAAGAUACAUAUUACAAAGUAUUGCCACAGAUUAAGAAGAAAGAUGGUGGAAUGCAUGGAGCAACUGUAUUGGGCAUUCAUUUAGAAGGACCUUUCAUUAGUCCAAACAAAAAGGGAGCUCAUCCAGAAAAUUACAUUAAACAAUUAGAAAAUGGUUUUGAAUCGUUAAUUGAUAUGUAUGGUACUUUAGAAAAUGUAUGUCUUUUAACACUGGCACCAGAACUUCUCAAUGCUGAAAGAGUCAUCGAAGAAUUAUGUAGAAGAAACAUUAAGGUUUCUCUUGGUCAUUCUAUAGGAAAUUUACACGAAGGAGAAGCUGCUGUAAAAAGUGGAGCUUCAUUUAUCACUCAUCUUUUCAAUGCAAUGUUACCAUUUCACCAUAGGGAUCCAGGAUUAGUUGGCCUUUUAACAUCUGACAAAAUUCCAGAAGGAAGGAUUAUUCACUAUGGUAUAAUUGCAGAUGGAAUUCAUACUCAUCCUGCAGCAUUGCGUAUAGCUCACAGAACACAUCCUGAAGGACUUGUUUUAGUAACUGAUGCGAUAUCAGCACUGGGUUUGGAAGAAGGUAUACACAAACUAGGACAAUUUAAGAUAGAAAUGCGUAUGGGAAGAGCAUAUAUUGCUGGAACAGAUACUUUGUGCGGUAGUACAGCAGAAAUGUCAAAGUGCGUCCGUCUUUUUAAAGAAGCGACAGGAUGUUCGAUAGUAGAGGCAUUAGAAGCUGCAACUCUCCAUCCAGCAAAGACUCUUGGUAUUGAAGAAAUGAAAGGAGUUUUGAACUAUGGGGCAGAUGCUGAUUUAGUAAUGUUAAAUGACAAUUUGGAAUUGUUAUCCACUUGGAUUUCAGGAAAAUGCGUUUAUACUCGAGGUGAUAGUAAAAACUACAGGAAAACUGACUGUCAUCAUUAUGCAUUUUGAAUGCCUUAAUGAAAGUACUUCGUUUACACAAAAG